ACGUGGGGCCCGCCCAGGCGCUGCCCGAGCUCCGCGCGUGCGGCCGUCUUAGCAGCCGUCGUGGAAGCAGGAUUUCCGCGCUUGUGCAACGGCAUCGCGCUUCCGCGGAGAGGCCUGGGCUCCGCGUUCCUCCCCGGCCCGGCCCCUCCUCUCCGGCAGCCCAGCCAUGGCCUGGACGGUGGCGGCGGGGAGCCGCGGGGCCCGCGGAGCGCUCUCGGAGCACACGCUUCUGUUCGACAUGCCGCCCGUGCUGCUGGGCGAGUUCUGCGCUGUCCUGGACAGCUGCGACGGCGCGCUCGGCUGGCGCGGCCUCGCGGAGCGACUUUCAAGCAGCUGGCUGGAUGUUCGUCACAUUGAAAAAUAUGUAGACCAGGGUAAAAGUGGAACAAGAGAAUUACUUUGGUCCUGGGCACAGAAAAACAAGACAAUUGGUGACCUUUUACAGAUUCUCCAGGAGAUGGGGCAUCAUCGAGCUAUCCAUUUAAUUGCAACUUAUGGGGCAUCCUUGAAUCCUUCAGAGCAGAGUCAUCAGGGAAAAGGAUUUCCGAUCAUGUUAUCCAAGGAAACAGCUAGUGCUGUUCUUGUUCCUGAACAUAAUGAAAAAGGAAUAUUGUUUAAAUCCUCCAUCAGCUUUCACAACAUCAUAGAAGGAACCAAAAAUUUCCACAAAGACUUUUUAAUCGGAGAAGGGGAAAUUUUUGAGGUAUACAGAGUGGAAAUCCAAAACCGAACAUAUGCCAUUAAAUUAUUUAAACAGGGGAAAAAAAUGCAAUGUAAGAAACAAUGGAAGCGGUUUUUAUCUGAGCUUGAAGUUUUACUGCUGUUCCAACAUCCAAACAUAUUGGAGUUGGCUGCAUAUUUUACAGAGAGUGAGAAGUUUUGCCUGGUUUAUCCAUAUAUGAGAAAUGGAUCACUUUUUGACAGAUUACAGUGUGUAGGUGACACAGCCCCACUCUCUUGGCAUAUUCGAAUCAAUAUAUUAAUAGGAACAACCAAAGCCGUUCAGUACUUGCACAACACGGAACCGUGCUCCGUCAUCUGUGGCAGUAUAUCAAGUGCAAACAUACUUCUGGAUGAUCAGUUUCAACCCAAACUAACUGAUUUUGCCAUGGCACACGUCCGACCUCACUUAGAACCUCAGAGCUCUGUCAUAAACAUGACCAGCGGCAGCAGUAAGCAUUUGUGGUACAUGCCAGAAGAGUAUAUCAGACAGGGCAUACUUUCUGUUAAAACAGACGUCUACAGCUUUGGAAUUGUAAUAAUGGAAGUUCUGACAGGUUGUAAAGUGGUGUUAGUUGAGCCAAAGCAUAUCCAGCUGAGGGAUCUCCUUAUAGAAUUGCUGGAGAAGAGAGGCCUCGAUUCAUGUAUCUCAUUUCUAGAUAAGAAAGUACAUCCCUGUCCUCGGAAUUUUUCUGCCAAGCUGUUCUCUUUGGCAGGCCAGUGUGCUGCAACACGGGCAAAAUUAAGACCCUCGAUGGAUGAAGUCCUAACUGUUCUUGAAAGCACUCAAGCCAGCUUGUAUUUUGCGGAAGAUCCUCCCACAUCCUUGAAGUCCUUCAGGAGUCCUUCUCCUCUGUUCUUCGAUAAUGUACCAAGUAUUCCAGUGGAAGAUGAUGAAAACCAGAAUAAUCCAUUGCUGCCUCAUGAUAAAGGUUGGAGAAAAGGGAGAACGACUCAGAAAACUCCCUUUGAAUGCAGUCAGUCUGAGGUUACAUUCCUGGGCUUUGACAGAAAGACAGGGAGUGGGAGGAAUGAGGAUACUUUCAAUGUGCCCAGUUCUCCUUGUGAAAAAAGUGGGUCUCCAAAGCAUGCAGCUCCAUCCCAGGACUUGAGGGCCUCUGGUGUGAAUAUGGACCCUUCUGCAGAAGUUCCAGGUCAUUCCUACAGGAGCAUGCCAGUGGAGACUAGCUGUUCCUCUGAAUUUUCCUGGAAUGAAUGUGAACAGUACAAAAAGGCAUCAAUUUCACCAGAAGAUAAAGAAGAAAGCAAGUAUUGCUGAGGCACCUGAGUACAGGUCUCAUCUUGGGAAGACAUUGUCUUUAUCGAUAGUGCCAAGAGGAUGAUUGAUGGUGAAUUGGGGUAAUGCAGAUCAAUGAUCUGAACAAUUCCAUUCCAUUCCUUCCACCUUGGAGAACAGAGUGGCUUAAAAUUUUGUUUUAGCACGAUCAUUGCCUCAUGAUCAUACCUGGACUAAAUUAGAACCAUUCAGAUUUACUUAAGAUCGUAGACUCUGACUUCAGACAAACAAAACAAUCAGAUGUCUUCUCCAUCAACAUCCACGUGAAUCCUUAGAGCCUCCAGUCUGCCAAGCACAUUCAGUUCAGUUGGAUUCCAUUGUUUUGGUUUAGCUUGCUUGCGAAGGUCGUCAGAAAUGUCUAACUUGUAAAUGUUAAUAGAUACCAUACCUUUUUAAAGAAUUGCCUUUUUGCUUAUUUCAGUCAACUCUUAGUAUAUUUCUGUUCAUGCCUGUCAAGUCUGCCUAUCUGAACAUGAGCCAUGACAUGCCCAAGAUCUGUAUUUCUGUAUUUAAACUCUUAAGAUAGUUCAUCUCAUAUAAUAUUGACUAUUAUUACAAUUUUUUUUUACAUAGAGACUAUUAUAUCCUGAGUAGAAUGUAUGAAAUUUUAACCAAGCAAUUUUUGUUCGAAGAAAAUGGCUGGUCAUAAAGGCCUAGGUCAGUUUUUUGUUUGAUUCCAACUCUGUGCCUUUACUCCCGGUGUUUACUGGAUCUCCACCUUUUGAAAUCCUACCCAAUCUUUCAGGGCCCACCAUAACUGCCAUCCUCCAGGAAGCUUUCCUAAUCUUUCCAGCCAAUAGUACUCACUUUAUCAGCAUUUCCAUAGCAAUUUCUUUUUUUUUUCCAUUUUUAAAGAUUUUUAAUUGAAGUACAGUUGAUUUACAGUGUUGUAUUAGUUUCUGGUGUACAGCAAAAUGAUUCAGUUAUACACAUAUAUACAUAUUCUUUUUCAUAUUCUUUUCCAUUAUGGUUUAUUGCAGAAAAUUGAGUAUAGUUCCCUGUGCUAUUCAGUAGGACCUUGUUGUUUAUUUUUAUACAUAGUAGUUCGUAUCGGCUAAUCCCAAACUCCUAAUUGACCCCCCCCUUUCCCCUUUGAUAACAAUAAGUUUGUUUUCUGUGUCUGUGAAUCUGUCUGUGUUUUGUAAAUAAGUUCAUUUGUAUCAUCUGUAGCAAUUUCUUUGUAUUUCUGUUUUAUAUUUGUCACUUUCUGAAUUAUAUCCAAGUUGACUGUGCUAUCAUAUCUCUCUUCCUAGAUGGUAAACUCCUGUAUUAGUUUCCUACUGUCGCUAUAACAAAUUAUCACAAACUUAGUGGCUUAAAACAACAUUAAUUAUUUUACAGUUCUAGAGGUCAGAAGUCCUUGGCAUUCCUUCUGAAGGCUCUAGGGCAGAAUUCGUUCCCUUGCCUUUUCUAGCUUCUAGGCGAUGUAUGCAUUCUUUGGUUCAUGGCUUCUUCCUCUAUCCUCAAAGCCAGCAACAUGACAUCUUUAAAUCUAGAUCUCUCUCUUCCUCUCCCUCUGAACUCUUUUUCAUCACCACUUCCUCUUUCUUUGGCCCUCCAAAGGAUCCUUGUGAUUGCAUGGGGCCCACUCAGAUAAUCCAGGAAAAUCUCUGCAUCUUAAGAUCCUUAAUUUAAUCACACCUGCAAUGUCCCUUUUCUCCUCUAAAGUCAUAUAUUCACAGGUUUCUGGAAUUAAGACAUGGACAUCUUUGGGGCCAUUACUCUGUCUAUCACAUUCCCUGACUGUGUAGGGUCCAUCUCUUCAGGGCCUAGCAUGUUAUCCUAUACAGAGCAGGUGUUUCCUUAUAAGUUAAAUUGAGUUACAUUAUCUCUGUGAACCCACAUAAUCAAAAAUUCAGCUAUAAUAAACAUUCCGGAGUAAAUGAACAAAGUGGGGAUAAUGACUGUCUUUAUGAUGAUGGACAGAAACACUCCUCGAAAACCAUUUCCAGAGGAUUUACAGAAUCUCCCUCUCCAGGAUGUUUAUAAUAAAAGGGCAGACCUCUAGUUUUCUCUGCAUCAAAGGAAUAGGCCUGUGCUUGUUUUUUGUAGGUUUCUUUUUUUUGGUAAGUCAGUACGGUUGAGUUAAUCAUAGUCAGAUUGGAGUACAGAUUCAAGAACAAUUAAUCAAAGAAGAAAGUCGUCGUCAGAAAUCAGGGUCAGGUUAACAGACCAAGGUCAGAAACAUGGAGCUACAAUUCUGGGAAAAAGGAUCUCAUGGCAGGAAGUGAGAUUCAAAACACAAUAAGCCUUAGCCUGAUUGACAAGCCAAAUAAAAACUCCAGGCAAGCAGUUGGGAGAGGCCUUCCCUG